AUGUCGCGGGUGAGCGGCCCCGGGCCGGCCGGCAGCGUCAAGGAGAAGCGCUCCUUCAGCAAGCGGCUCUUCCGCGGGAGGGCGGCCGGCGGCGGCUCGGCCCCGGCGCCCGCCGCUGCCCCGGCCUCGGCCCCUUCCGGGCGGUCGCUCGGCGGGUUCAUGAGCCGCGUGCUGAAGACCCUCUCCACCCUCUCGCACUACAGCAGCGAGCCCGAGCCCCGCGGCCCGCACGCCCCGCGCCUGCCCCCGCCGCAGGCGGCGGGCGGCCUGGGCAGCUGCUUCCCGCCGGGCCCGCCGCGCAGUCCUGAGCCCCCGCCGCGGCCCCCCGGCGGCCCCGAGGCCGUGCCCGGCGUGGCGGGGCUGCGCAAUCACGGCAACACCUGCUUCAUGAACGCCAUCCUGCAGUGCCUCAGCAACACCGAGCUCUUCGCAGAGUUCCUGGCGCUGGAGCAGUUCCGCGGCGGGCCGCCCCCCGCAGCCCCCGGCCCCGCGGACGGGCCGCCGCCCGCGCCCGGCGAGGUCACCGAGCAGCUGGCGCAGCUGGUGCGGGCGCUCUGGACGCUGGAGUACACCCCGCAGCACAGCCGCGACUUCAAGAACAUUGUGUCCAAGAACGCUAUGCAGUACCGAGGGAAUGCCCAGCACGAUGCACAGGAGUUCCUCCUGUGGCUCCUAGACAGAGUCCAUGAAGACCUGAACAAUGUGGUGAAUUCCAGCGGCAUGCCGCCGCUCAAGCCACCGCUGGAGGAUGACGUGCUGCUCGAGGGACCAGCCUUUCCAAUCAGUAGUACUUUUGUGCAGGAACUCUUUCAAGCCCAGUACAGGUCCUCUCUGACGUGCCCUCAUUGCCAGAAGCAGAGUAACACCUUUGACCCUUUCCUCUGCAUCUCCCUGCCGAUUCCUUUGCCUCACACACGGCCACUUUAUGUCACCGUGGUGUACCAGGGGAAGUGUUCCCACUGCAUGCGGAUCGGCGUGGCUGUGCCCAUCUCCGGAACGGUGGCCAGGCUGCGUGAGGCCAUCUCCUCUGAGACCAAGAUACCCACGGAGCAGAUCGUGCUGACGGAGAUGUACUAUGAUGGGUUUCAUCGUUCCUUCUGUGACAGUGAUGACCUGGACACCGUGCAUGAAAGCGACUGCAUCUUUGCCUUCGAGACCCCAGAGAUAUUUCGGCCUGAGGGUAUCCGCAGUCAGAGGGGAAUACAUGUGAACAAUAACCUGAAUAACUUGAAAUGUGGCACUGAGCACUCCCGAACAAUAUCUUACUCUCAAGGAACAUUGAAAUCUGGAAAACUGGAACAGGCCUCUACUAAACCAGCAGUGAAUGACAAGAUUGUCCUGCUGGUGUGUAACAGGGCGUGUACUGGACAGCAGAGCAAGAGGUUUGGCUUGCCCUUUGUGUUGCAUUUGGAAAAAACAAUUGCUUGGGAUAUUCUGCAGAAGGAAAUUCUGGAGAAGAUGCAGUAUUUCCUGCGGCCUGCAGCCUGCAUGCAGGUUUGCCCGUUCAGCUUGCGCGUGGUCAGUGUUGUGGGCAUAACGUACUUGCUACCUCAGGAGGAGCGACCCCUCUGCCAUCCCACAGUGGAAAGGGCAUUGAAGUCAUGUGGACAGGGGGGAACAGCUCAUGUGAAAUUAGUGGUAGAGUGGGACAAAGAAACAAAAGAUUACUUGUUUGUUAAUAUGGAAGAGGAGUAUAUUCCAGACUCUGAAAGCGUCCGCCAGCAGAGAGAGCUUCAUCACCAACCUCAGACCUGCACUUUAUCUCAAUGUUUCCAACUGUACACCAAAGAGGAACAGCUUGCCCCAGAUGAUGCCUGGCGAUGCCCACACUGCAAGCAGCUGCAGCAGGGCAGCAUCACACUGAGCCUCUGGACCCUGCCUGAUGUUCUCAUCAUACAUCUCAAAAGGUUCAGACAGGAAGGAGACCGAAGGAUGAAACUUCAAAACAUGGUUAAAUUCCCUCUGAGUGGUUUGGACAUGACUCCUCAUGUUGUUAAACGCAGUCAGAGCAGCUGGAGUCUGCCAUCUCACUGGUCACCCUGGAGGCGACCUUACGGUCUUGGAAGGGAUCCUGAGGACUAUAUCUAUGACCUCUAUGCUGUCUGCAAUCAUCAUGGCACCAUGCAAGGGGGACACUAUACAGCAUAUUGCAAAAACUCAGUCGAUGGCCAGUGGUACUGCUUUGAUGACAGUGAUGUUCAGCAGCUUCCUGAAAAUGAAGUCUGCAAGCAGACAGCUUAUAUUCUCUUCUACCAGAGACGCACAGCAAUCCCAUCAUGGUCUGCAAACAGCUCUGUGGCAGGCUCCACAAGCUCCUCGCUCUGCGAGCACUGGGUCAGCCGCCUGCCCGGCAGCAAGCAGCCCAGCGUGGCCUCUGCAGCCUCCUCGCGCCGCACGUCUCUGGCUUCGCUCUCGGAGUCGGUAGAGCUGACUGGGGAAAGGAGUGAAGAUGAUGGAGGAUUUUCAACCCGUCCCUUUGUGAGGAGCGUCCAGCGUCAGAGCUUGUCAUCUCGAUCCUCUGUCACCAGCCCACUGGCAGUGAGUGAAAAUGGUGUCAGGCCCUCGUGGUCUCUCUCUGCAAAACUGCAGUUCCGCUCCAACUCUCCAUCCCGCUUCUCUGGAGAUUCCCCCAUACAUACCUCUGCUUCCACCCUGGAGAAGAUCGGGGAGGCUGCUGAUGAUAAAGUCUCCACCUCUUGCUUUGGCAGCCUGAGGAACCUCUCUAGCAGCUACUUGGAGCCCUGUGACAGCAGUCGGCGAGAGCACAGGACGGCUCGCAGAGCUCCCUUGGCUGUCAUGGAAGGGGCAUUCAGGGAAGAGUCUGUUGUAAGGACAUCGAGCUCAGAUCUUUCAGAUGGCUAUGGUAGAAGCUCUGUGCAGCCUGACAGGAGUCACCCUGCUUUGGACCAUUUUGAUAACAACAAUCAGAUUGCCUUUGUUGAUCAGAGUGAUUCUGUAGAUAGCUCUCCAGUCAAGGAGGUGAAAGCCCCCAGUGGGACCGGGCUGGCUGCAGAGAAGGCAGAUGGCACCCCUAGGAAGGUUCACAGCUCCAAAGGAGUUUCUGAGCCAGACAGGUGUUUGAGGAAGGGAAGGACAGCCUUAUCUAACCAAGAGACCAGAGUCUCUCACUCUUCUCCUCCUUCACUGAAGAGUUCCCAGAAGGUUUCCCGGUCUAGAAUUAAGACCGACUCCUCUAGGGCCAGUGGGCGACAUGGGUCUCCUGCUGCCACUCAGACUAAGAAGGACCAUAGCACGAAGCCCCUUGAGGUGGCUGUCCCAUCGGCUCAACAGAAGCAAAGGUCAGGUGGUUCUCCAUCCUCCACAGCUGCCAAGAAAACCCCAUCAGGCUCAUUGACUAAGGGCUCUUCUGGUGGGAAGAGCCGGACUUCAGAUCGAAGCCUCAGCAGAGAGGGCUCUAAGAUAAGUCUGGGGUCAGAUAAAACGAGUGUUACCAGCAGCUCAAGAACGAGCUCCCCACGGGUCAGCCACUCCAGGAGUGACAGCAGGGCAGUAGACAGCAAGCAUGUGCGGAGUUCCUCUAUGGCCAACCUGCGGUCUCCAAAUGUCGGUGUGCGUUCUGGUUUGAAGAGGGACAGCAAGUCAGAAGAGAAAGGAUUGUCUUUCUUUAAAUCAGCCCUAAGGCAGAAGGAGACCCGGAGGUCAGCAGACCUGGGAAAGACAACAAUGCUCUCAAAAAAGACAGCGAGUGGCAGUUCCAAGUCAGGCAGUAAAAAUGUGCUGGAAGACAAAUCGGAGAACGGUGUUGUCCCACCAGCCUCUCAAACCAAUGCCAACAUGACUGCAAAAGAAAAACUUGCCCCAAAAGAUGCCACACCCAACAAACAUUCUCUGCUAUCCAGUCGCAAGUCCAAGUCUUCCCAGCUAGAUCCCGGAGUCCAGUCUCCUCCCUCCAGUGGCAAGCAGUCUGCUGACAAGCCACUGAAAAAGUUACCUUCCAGCAUGCAGGUGUCUGUACGGCCUUCUCUGGAACCUCAGUGAAAUGCUGCAAUCCAGGUGUCUUUUCUUCUGCUGAGAAGCUAAUUUAUUCUGAGCUCUUGUUUUUGUGGGUUUUUUUAUUUUUUUAUUUUUUUUUGUUCAUGUGCCUAGUGUAUGUUUGAGGAGAAGUUAACUGCAAGUUGUUCAAGCGCCUUUUGAUUCUGCCAUCAAACCAAAUAGCCACAGGCAGCCAGCACUGAUGCAAGUAGUGCAGCUGGAGUCAUUGAACACAAACGCAGCUGUCCCAUAGCACUUGGACAGGAGUCUCUAUUGAAAAUGCAACAACUUCCCUCAGAUUCAAGUUUUGAAAUCUGAAACCCCAGUUGUACUGACACUGGUGUGCUUUGUAGGGCUGUGAACUGAUGUUUCUUUGGUCUUGUCCUGAGCAGGCUGUGUCCACGCUGGUGUGUGGCCUUGUUCUGAGCUGUGGAGGACGCAAAGGAAACCGGAGAGACUGCCGCUUCUUUAUGCUCUCUCUCAACCCCUUCUCCCUGCGCCCCUUCAUUUUUCAAGCUUUCUAAAGGGCAAUAUUUCAACACUAAUGUUGUUUCUCAGGUAUAUACUCAGCCAGUAUAGGAGGGACUAGCAUUAGUGGAUGGGCAGAAAGGUACCUGUGUGUCUGUGCAUGUGUGUGUCUGUGAUAGAUUUCACUUUUGCAUUCCAAGAGCAGAAAGCUUUUUUUUAUUACAAAAUGUAACCUGAUUUUUUGGUUGCUAUGUCUAUGAAGAGUUUUACUCUGUCCAUACCCAAGGCAACCUCUACCCUGUCCUCUUUAAUUGCUCUGUCUUCUGAAACACUAUACUACGCAACAGAAGAAAUCACUAAGCAGCAGCUGGUUGGGUUGUCAGCUUGUGCCUGAGGAAAGGCGAGGUGGGAGGUGGUUGCAGUGUCCUAGGAGAGCUGUCAUCAUGUCCCUGGAUGGCAGUGCUGCUGUCAGGACCCCUGCUCAAACUCCCUAGAAGAAGCAUUUCCUAGUGUGCUCAGAUGUUUAUUCGUAGUGGUGUGAAUACAGCAUCUGUUAUUUAUAGGAGCAAUGUUUAGAUGAGCCAAGUGUCAUCUUGUCUUCUCUGCCUUCUCUGAGCAUGCUUUGAACAAGCCUCUUGGAGCAGGUUGGAGGGGCUCUACCAAAAUACCACCAGGCAGUUUUUCCCUCUCUCCAAGGCACUGCUGCCUUCCCCCCUUGCCUGCUGCCCCCGGCUGCCACGCGUCCCUCAGCGCAGCGAUCCCCGGUGUGUCUGACAGUCUCUAUCAGGGUUAAAACACUACAUCUACUGAUGUCUUUGUUUACAUGCCCUUCUUAAGGGGAGAUUCCUCAAGUUCUUUAAGAUUUCUCUUAAAAAUGUGGAUUCCUGAAGUCCUUUUAUAUACAUGUGGUGUAGCAUUAUUUUUAAUUUCAUGAGGUUUUAUGAAUGUGCUGCAUAUUCCUGAGGUCCAGCAGCAAUCUGGCGUGUAGCUCAGGACAUGCAGCAGCUGGGCAGUGUGCUGGGCAUGCUUGUCUUUGGAGAGAGGUCACGGCCUGUCAGACAGUCGCGUUUGGCAAAACUUCUCAAGGCGUAGCAUGUGUACAGAUGUAAUUGUACAUCUUUUCUGUCACUGUAACAAACAGCCCUCAAACAAGUAGUUGCUCUGAGCUAGGCUGUUCCCCUCCUCCCUUGAACUGAUGUGCUGAUGACCCUGCAAGAAGCCUUGUCCCCAGCUCUGCUGGGCACACUGCUGCUCCAUGGUCACGUUUCUGCUCGGGUCAGCACACGUCUGCAGCGAGCUUGGGAGGGGUGUGGGGGCAGCUGCCCCAGGGGGCAGGCAGCGUGUGCGGAGCUGAGCAGGGAGCACGGAGCUGUGCUCAGCGGUGACAGGGACCCCGCUGCAGUGUGGCCCUUACUCUGUCCCCUCGUGCUGCAGUACUGACCUUACAUGACCUUCAUGUAACCCAGAAGCAAUGCCAGUAGCCUGCAUGUUUUUACAAUAUGCUGGACUCUGUGCCCUGGACUAUGUUUUUUAACCUGAACAUGAUCAUCUUCUUGAUGUGUUUCUUCUCCUGGGUGUUGUUUCAAUCUCAUUUAUUGCAGCAACAUGAAGCAAAGAUUGCAUUACUUGCUUCUUAAAUGUAUGACUGGGAUUAUUGAUGGAUUAUUUUUUGUUAUAUCCAGCAGAGCAGAUAAGACUUGCUUCACAUUGUAGUACUUAAAUUACUCCCUGAAAUGUUGAUGUUGAAGUAUUUGUUUAAGGUUUUAUCUGUAUUAAGGUCUUGCACUGUGUUGGCUCUUCUCUUGUAACAACUCUUCUAGCAAGAAUGUAAUUCUGGUAGCUAGCGCUAACUUGCCUUGGUAUCUUUUAAUAGCCAACCUAGUUUUCUGUGUGUUUUACCAUGGGACAUUUGUGGAAGGUUAUUUUUAUCAAAUGACGUUUUCUUUUCAUGCCAUCGUUCACUGAGGGAGUUUAAACUGGAAGACAGUGUAUGGUUUUUGAGCUAGUUUUGUUCCUCUAUUGCAAGCCUGGACUGAAGGAAAUUUGAAGCCAUGUCCAAAGUGGUGUUUUAGCUGAAUGCCAGUUCACUAUGUUUGCAUUUGGUGGCACUUGGGGUCUGGUGGUCCCAUGAAUGAGAGCGGCUGCUGCCUGGGCCCGCAGGGGAUGGUGGUGGCUGCAGGACCCCGGAGCCCAUGGUCUGGAGGGGCACAAGGCAGCCUCAUGGCUGGAAAAUGCCUUGGAAUGCUCAGGCCCAGCACCAUCCCCAUCCUCACAGCCGUGCCAGCCCUGGGGGAGGUGGGCUCUGAGCCCUGGGGGGGCUGUGCAGUGUGUGUCCCAUGUCUUGGCUGAGCUCCCUGCAUCAGCCUCUGUAACUCGCCUUUCACACUACGUCUCUAGUCUGACACUUGCUCCUGUUCCUGGGGUCAGCUCUCUGGACACAGGAAGAAGCAGCACCUUCAUUCCAGUGCUAGAUUCCUGCUGGAGUCACCUAAAGAUAUUAUUUUUAUCCUUUUUGGGCUGCAUCUUUUGGAUAGUGUUUAGUAGUAUACAAAUUAUAAGCACAUUUUCAAUGACGUGUAUUGAAGAGGCACCUUUUAUUUGUAUUAAUCACAUUUGAUAGACAAUUCGGUGCCUGCAGUUCUCUGUAACUUCUAAGUGUCUCACUUUGGGUGUAUAAAUUGUUAACCCUUUCAAACUUAUCAAAUAUGGCUAAAUAAAAAAAAAAAAGCUUAGGAUAGAAAGUUAGCAGCUUAAUUACAGUACAUUUAUUCCACUGUGCCCUCAUCUGUCUAGCUGCAGGGUUGUUUGCUUUCCAAAGCUGAAACUUGAGCAUGACCAACCAUUUUUUUUUCUCAGUAAUAAAGCAGUAAUAAAGCAGUUCUGCAUGGCACUUCUCUUGCUGUACCAAAUGCAUGCACUUACUAACUAUGCAAGCAUCUAACACAAACCAUAGACCGAGCUUUCAGUAUCAGAAGCCACGAGGCAGACUUGGGAGCUCUGCUGAGUCUGUGCCUCUGUUCUUGGUGCAGCUGCGUGUCAGCACACGGGAGCAUGUCCCUGGGUUCCUGCUUUGUUUGCACAUCUUUGAUUCUUUCCUUUGCAGAAUUCUGCAUAUACUGACAAGGCUGGAGUGUAGCAUAAUGUCAAAGGGAUCUGAAAUGUUGAAAUGAAAAAAUCUGGUUUUCUGUGUUGUAUUGUUUUUUUUCUUUAUUUUUCCUUUUUUUUUUUUUUUAACCAGGGAAAACCUGAUCAGUGUUCUGUGUAGCCUGCCCUUUCCCAUGUAACUUAAAUGACACGUUCUGUGUUGUCAGAAGAGGCAGUCACCUGUAGCCAUAUGAGCACUCAAAAAAAUAAGAGGUUUUGUCGAGUUGCUGUGCUGAGGGAGCAGCUCCCAGUGUGGGUGUGCUGCCUGUACUGGUCACAGGCUCUGCCUCCUGGGCCCCAGCUGCCCUGGGGGUGGGUCUGCUCCCCCUUGGCGCUCCAGAACCCAGAUGCUGCUGGUGCUGGAGCCGCAGGGUGGCUGGGGCAGCUGGGGCUGCAGCCCAUGGGCUGUGCUGGGCAGAGCGGGCAGCUGGGGCUGCCCUGGGGCUGGGAGGCUGCCUGCGAGGCUGGCAAGGAGUGGCAGGUUACUCAGCUGUCACUGAGAAGGUUUGGAAAUGACAUUCCAAAUAAUUUUACUGUUACCUUUUUUUGUAUCUUUGCCAUUUGCCUACUAGCCCAAAAUAAUUUGGCAGCAUCUGAUGUUACCUGUGGAGGGAACUGAAAUUUAGUUUUAAUCUGUGGUGAGAUGAAAGUACUACAAGGUUUUCUUAAUAAAAGCACCGUAAAGCAUUUACUAUUAGGAGCUUUAUUUUGUAAAAUUAAAGUACCUGAAGACUUGUACGAUAUCUAUACUAGGUCUAAAGGUUUAGGGAAUCUUAUAUUUUUUUAAAUGCCAUAGCACUCAAUUUAUCUGCAAAUAGUGUUUUAAAAGACACAGAUUAAAGCUAAGUGUAAACACAAAUUCGUUUCACUCUAGGCCCUGCAGCACAAACACAUUGCAAGGAAGUUACUGUUAGGUUUGUAUGGCAUUUGUGCAGUGCAAUAAGAAACCAUUUUUAGGUGCUACAUUGCCUUGGGUAGGGUGACACAAGGGAAUACAGGCUACAAGUGGCUAGAGUAUUUUCUUGUGGCCUUCCAAGUAGUAAUUUGUACAGAUCUGCUCACCAACUGUGCCUCACCAUUGGUUAAAAUUGAAUUUUAAGUCCUGUUGCAAAUGCAGUUUCUCUUCUGGACACAAUGUCAGAUUUUACACUGGAGUAUCUACAGUUCUAAAAACUGCAUGUCACAUCACUGUACACUGAUAUUGGGAUGUGGGGCUUGCCCACACCUUUGAUAUUCUCUUCUGUAUUUUAAUGUUUUUGAACUGUACAGUAAUCUGGAAAGCAGGCUGUCUUUACUUGGGAUUGAACAUUGUACCAUAAAUUUUAAAUUAUUUGAGGACAAGUGCAUGAGACUGUGUCAAUGCCUUUUAUUAUUUAUUUGUAUGUUUUAUUAUUCAAGGUGUAUGCACUUUUAAUAUGCAGAAUUUAUAUUUUUAUGUUAAAAAUCAUUUUCUUUCAGAAAGAAGAGUUUGAAUAUGAGGAAUUGGAAAUAAGUGCAAAAAGGGGAAUAUGUAAUAAAAUACAAUAAAUUUAUUACUAGGCAA